AUGGUUGAGUAUUAUGAAAAUAUUGGAUGCAAAACAAUCAACAAAUCAAAAGAUAUAUGCUCAUCAAGGUGCCAUUGCAGCAUGUAUUUUAAAUGGGACUUAAUGUGUCCAGACUUUCAUAAAUUUGACAAAGAAAAAUGUCAUUUCAACGGGAAAUCCUUUAGCGUUGGACAAAUGAUACCAGAUGCAUUACUAUUCUGGAGAUGCAAUGAAUCUUGUGAAUGUAUUCGAGAUGAUUUCGGAGAAAUAGGAAUUGGAUGUAAAUCUAAAAUUAUUCAGAGACCUGGUUACUAUUUUCGACGAAGCACAUGCAUAUCACAAUAUAAAAAUAUACAAGAUUGCAAUAACUCACAUCGAAUUUGCGAUCCAGCGGAAAUUGACAAACUGGAAAAAUGUUAUAGCGAAGGUCAAACCUAUCAUUUGGGCCAAAAAAUGUAUUUUCGAACAAAAUGCUAUAAAUGUCUUUGUACCGAAGAUUUUGAUAAUGCAACUUCAAUUUUUGAGAAUCACAAUUGCAUAAAAUCAGAUUGUCAAAGUUAUAAUUUUCAUCUUAUAAUGGACGGUUGCGUUCCAAUUUUCGAAAAUGAUUGUUGUGUAUACAAUAUGAGAUGUCCGUACGAUAAUGAACUCAUGAUCGACCCACAAUCAAUAUCACUUGAGAAAACAAAUGAACCAGUUUGUAGAUUUGGUGAUUUGACUCUAAGACGAGGUGAAAAAAUAAAAUACAAACCGACUGUACCACGUAAUUUUAAUGGUACACUCUGCGAAUGUAUUAUACCACCAUUUAUUACAUGUGUCAUAUAAAGAAAUUAAGGAAAUUUGAAAUCAUUACUGCUAAUAAUGAAAUGAAAAAACAAUGAAGAAUAUGUCAAUUUUUAGAUAUUGAUGAUAAUAAUAACGUUUAUUUAGAUUUCUCCAUUAUGACAGCAUACCUAUUUUACGUUUUGAAAGUUUUGUUUAGUGUAGCAUUUUAAUUUUCAUUCAAAUUUGUUCUGAGAGUGUUCAUAUUUUAUCUCAUUUGAGAGUUCAUUAAAAAUUUUA